AUGCCUCUCGACAUCUUGGUUGAGGUGUUCUCAUUCAUGCAUCCUGGCGACCUCCUCAACCUCGCCAGAACCACGAAGGACUUCCGCGCCUUCCUCAUGAGCCGCACGUCUGCCCCCUUCUGGAAGUCGGCCAGGCAGACCGUCGAGGGGCUUCCGGAUUGUCCGCCCUAUCUGAGUGAACCCGCGUAUGCAAACCUCAUGUUCUUCGCUCUCUGCCAUCAUUGUCUCAAAUCCAACAUCCAGAAUGCCCUCUUCGAACUCUCAGUGCGCUAUUGUCGUGACUGCCAGCGCUAUUUACUUAUCGAUGUUCAAGAGACUGACUACCGAAUGGACGAGGUGGUGAUAAAAAUGGGCUUUGAAGAGCCGUAUCUGACUUCCGUGAUCCUCUCGAGAGACUCUGUGGACCGGCUGUUUUACCAUCGGCCGGAGUACGAGAAUUUCCGGAACUUCUGCUUCCUCGUCCAGGACGAGGCGGAGCUAGUGCGCAGCAUCAAAGACAGGAUCGCCUCUGUUCAAGUGAUCAGUGAGUCGUGCGAAGCAUUGUAUGCUUGGAAGGAGGCGCAAGUGCAGAACAGAGCCCAAGAGCUCGACAGGCUUCGCGAAGAACGCUUCACUACAAUCAUUGACUUUCUCCGUAAAGAUGGAUGGGGCGACGAACUCGAUCGCAUGGAACCGGAAGACCUAUACGAGCUCGCUGAGAAGCCAUAUGCGCGCAAGCCUCAGAAGCUGACACGACGCGGUGAGUCCCUCGUACCCUCGCAUACUCAUGCUGGGGGUGGUGACGGCGAGGUACUGAAGAAGGACUCAGGAUGGGCGAGUAUUUGCGAAGACGCUCAUGCAUUCAUGGAAGAUGUGCAAUCUCAGCGCCUGAAAAUGGAACGACGUGCCCUCCUGCACGACCGUCUCGUCGUUUUCGUCGGUCUGCUCGAUGUUGUGGAAGGUCAAAAGAAGCGACCCUAUUUGGCGGACCCUGAAGACUUGGGCAACUCGGAAUACGACAAGGACGACAAGAGAUCUCCAGAAGAUGACCUACAGCCCCGGAUCGCCGAUUACGCAAUGAUGCCUUCACUGCGAGAAGUGCUAGACGACCCAGGCGAUCAUCCAGUGACCGAAGAUCAUCUAUGGCAGCUGAGGGAUCAUCAAGCCGCCCUCAUUGUACAAUGGAAGCAGACUCUCCAGAACAGGCUCGUCGAGAAGCUCCGAGCUGCUAUCGCCUUACCCGAUGAUAUCGACGAUCCUCUGAGUCUGGCUAUCGCGUCGUUCUCCUGCCUGGCGUGCCAUAGAUCCGUCCCCCUACGCUACCCUGAACUCCUGGCCCAUCGAUGUUUGCGACGCCUGCCUAUCCACAUGGGCACCGCUGACCUCUAUACGAUGACGAUGAAUUUGCGGAAAGUCGUUCCCCAGUUUAGUUCUCCAGUUACACUCGAUUACGUGCACGUCGACCGUCAAGUGGUCGAACGGCUCACCGCAGUCAUCGACACUCUGGGUCUGGAUCCUCUACAUGCGACGCAGCACGACUUGGAACGCUGUGAAGGAAGGAUGUACUGCGCAUAUGGCAAGUGCCAGACUGAGACCGGCGACCUACUCCAACUGAGGGGAUGUAACUGGUUGAGUGCGCUUCUGCACAUGGAGGAAGUUCACAAUGAGACCAGUGCCUGCGGGUUCAGAUUACUGGACGAACAUGAGGCUGUACAGGUUGCGCGUCUGGAGGAGACUGUCAAAAGCCACCUUGACAGUAUCGCUGGCGAUCGUACUUUUCUGCGGAGAGCCUGUCGUUUCUGCCCAAAGCGUUUCCUGAGUCGGACCUCCCUGGUUAAUCAUCUUGAGAGCCAGCAUAGCGUCGACAUCGAAGAUGAUUUAGACGGAUACUUCUACAUCCCUCUUGACGAGAGGACGCAGAGACUGCCCAAGAUAUACGUCUGUUACGACCUUCCCGACCGCCGCUAUCGCGACGUGGGGCUUCCGAAGGGUUGGCGAGACCUCCUAUAA